CUGACGUCGACUUGUUUACAAUCUUUGUUAUUGUUUGCUUACGGGUAAAAAAACAUUAAUGCAAUGCUGCAAACGCCAAUUCUUCAGCCCACUUUACACCAGCCGCUGCAUUCGAAGGUCUCCAACUAUUUAAACAAUCAACGCCGCACGGGACAGUUUUGUGACUUGCAGCUGGAACUAGACUCGGAUGAUGCGUCCUGCACAUGCAGCGUCCACUUUUGCGUGGUGGCCGCUCAAAGUCAGCUCAUUGGCCACAAACAGCAAAAACAACAACAGUUCUCAAUGCAGAAUCCACUUAAAGUCACUAUACGUAACUUCAACUGCACUGUGUGCCUGCACACCAUCGUGGACUUCUUCUACGAAGACAUUGUCUCCGUUUCCAAGGAGCACGAGGCGCAUUUUCGGGAGCUGGCUAAGAUACUGUCUGUUACCGAGCUGCUGAAUCUGUAUCAAAUUGAACAGACCAGCGACGUCACCGCAUGCCUGGAGCCAAGUGCCGUUAAAGGCGAUGCGGAGGAUAUUAUGCAGCCAGCUAUAAAGCCGGAUGUUGUUUUUGAAAAUGAACAGAGUUAUUUUAAGCUGAAAAAUCCGCGCGCUGUCAAGUCCAGCAGCAAAAUAAACUACUGCAUUGGCUGCGAUUUCAAGUGCUAUCAGGUGCAGAAGAUGAUUGACCACAUGACUAGCUGCGAGCCCUCGCACCUGACGUGUUCGCUGUGCGAAAUUGGCUUUCUGGAUUGGCGCGAAUAUGAUGCGCAUCUGCGCAGACAUGGUUCCGAUCGGCGCAAGCCCUUCUUUUGCCUGGAGUGCGACAAUCGCUUUAACACUCGGGCUGCUCUGCUCGUCCAUCAGCCCAAGCAUUCAACGGAAACACCGCAUGUCUGCACGCACUGCGGAAAGGCUUUCAAGUGGAAGCAGGGCCUCAGCAAUCAUAUGCUGGUCCACAAUCCCGAAAAGCAGAUGCUCUGCGAUGUCUGCGGCUACAGCACCACGCACAUGAAGGCUCUCAAGAGUCACAAGCUCCUGCACACCGGCGAGUUCUUUGCUUGCACUGUGCCCGGCUGCAAGCAUCGUGCGAAUCGCAAGGAGAACAUGAAACUCCACAUUGAGACACACAAACAGGGGCGCGACUUCAUUUGUGAGAUUUGCGGCUGUAAGUUUAGUCAGAGCAAAAACCUAAAGCGGCAUGCUCUAAAGCACACCGAAGGCGGCCUCAAUCGUUACAAGUGCCAGUUGUGCGGCUUCAGUAGCCAUCGCUCGGACAAAAUGAAAGAGCAUGUGCAGCGAGUGCAUACGGAAAGAGCGGUACAGCUGGAGCUGUCGGAGACAGUAGACAGCUCGUUUGAAAAUAAAAUGCCCGAUGAUUUUGCACUGCCGCCCAUGAACGCCUUGCCAGUGGGAAAUGUAAAAGAUAGCAAUGCCACGGAGUCAACUCGACAGAAUCGCAAAAUUACGCCAGAUGUGACGACGCCAAGUGUAAAACGGCUAAAGACGCUGCUGCCAAAAGAUGCAAUUGAUUAAAGUCGAACACAAUCAGAAAACUGAGUGCAACCAAUGGCAUAGCAGACUAAACUGAUUUAUCUUGGCUUCUGCGCCACUUAGUCAAUUGUAAUAUGCUUAGCUUGCUAAAUGACACUAAAUAUUGUGACUGCGACUGUGUUUAAACGAGCGAAUGCCACCAAAUCCAGAUUUAGCAAUUGAAUUGAUUAUAGAGGCAACUAAAGGCAAUUAGUAAUACUAUAUGAGAGACGUCGUUAGUAUUAAUAAUCUAAAAUAGUUGACAAAGCAUUAAAAUUUGAGCCUGCGUGGCUAGACGUUUGAGCGUCGGACCGACAAGCGGGAGGACGCCGGCUCAAAUCCAGUAUUAGUUUAUUAAAUUAGUAAUUUAGAUGGCUAUAAACCAACGCUAAUUAAUAGCAGAGCUUUAAAGCUAUUUAAAAAAAAUACAUCUUGUUUAAUAAGCAUAACCAUUUAAACAAAUUUGCGCAGCGUUAAAAAGCUUUGCGAGAACCAAAGAGCAAAAAAGUGAGAUAAAGCGUGGCAAACUGGAUUGAAAGAGAGCGAGAUAGAGUAUUCGAGAUGGUGACAACACGCGCGUCGAAGCUUUCUUCAGACACUCGAAAACGUAGCCACAAUCAUUGUGAUAGCAGAACUCAAACCGAAGCGACGUAUCCCCGGAAAAACAAGCGGAGCCAAUUGACUAGCCGAAAUAAAAAUAACAAAA